AUCAGUGAAAGAUGUAUGCAUCAUGUCGAUUGUAUGAUAUAAAGAGAAAUGUUUUACGAUGAAAUGCUGAUAAAUAUCUUGUUAAACCUAAUCGUCUUUUUCCUUCCUCGUUUAACUUGUCAAGAGCUUGAGAUUAUCGGGAAGAACAGCAUGUUGUAUGAUCCAGUUAACAACCUUCCGUAUCCCUGCGAUUCUGAAGCCAAACCAAAGAUAAGCAAACAUUUGAACCGUGUGAACAGACGUUCUUUUGAAGGAAAUGGGUUAAGAAGAGUUCUUGUAAAACGGGCAGAUGGCGACAGCAUUCCGAUCAAACUACAGCCGUGUCCAUUUCCUAAUAGCACUCAAGAACAUCGCUGGGAGAAAACGAUAAGAAGAUCUAGUUUGCCUCUCAAACGGACACGUGAACGGUUCCUUAGGAAGCUAUGGCAGUACAAGAAACGAAAUGAUGUUAUUCGAAAAAUUUCUCCAAAAGAAGAAGCAAUUCGUGGUCAGUUGUACGCUGGAACUGACAUCAAUACAGGUUAUGGUGGUGUGGGCCUAACAGGAGCGAGUCUCAGUGUGAUAAACAUGCUGCCUUACAUACAUGCGUUUGACACGAAAACUGGGAUGCCUUAUGUAUGUGAUCCUGAUAAGAAAAAGCCGGACAAAAAGAUUGAUAAUAAAUGGAAAAUGAUUGUGGCGCCAUGUCCUGAUUUUAAGAAAUGUUUGUUUCCUUGGACUGAAGCAAAAGAUUGUAAAACGUCUGUAGACGACAAUUCGCCAGAAUCACCUAAACGGCGUUGGAUUAUAAAAAGAGUGAUAUGGGUCCCAGUACUUACGCCGCCUGGUAGCCGAAGAAAAAGAGCAGGAAAAUAUCAUAUGGAUGAAAAUUAAGGUUACGAAGGUUAGCAGGUACGUAGCUACGUUUUUCUAUAGUUUUGAGUUAAACGAAUGCCAUUUUGUGCUCAUAUUUUAUCGUGAUGUUAUAGAAUUAAGAAUUAAUAUAACUGUAAAUAAAAAUAUUAAACGUAAGAUAGUUAUCCACUUAAAAUGAACAGUGCGAAAAUAAUUAAUAGGAAGUGAAUAAACUGGUGUGAUGAGGAUUUCCCUCACUUUCUCCAGCUUUAGUAUGCAUGAAUCAAAAAAACACACAAACAUGACCAUUGUAAAAUAAACAUUUAAAUAUAAUAAACAUCUAAC